AGAUUGUCUCCCUUACCUCAAUUUACAACAACUUAUUUUACUGUGAAUUUAUCAUGUUGUCAGCGAUUAACAGCAUUUUGAAAACCGGAAAGAGCGAAUCACUGUUCGGAGAGAAUAUUGGUAUCUGUGAAACUUCAACAGAUGGAUCGUUUUUUAUUCAUUAUUUUUUAUCCGCCAGUGUGAAGGAGAAACGUCCAGUUUGUUUCGUUGCAUUGACUCAGUCUUUUAAGCAUUAUAACAAUGUGUCGCAAAAGCUUGGAGUUGGCUUGCAAACAGCCAGAGACGCCGGUUAUCUGGACUUCGUAGAAGGAAUGAAACACCUCAGCGAUGCUAUUUGUGAACAGACCCAGACAUCGAUAGAAGGAGACAACCAGGAACAUACAGACUCUGAACAUUUUUCUCUUUUGAUGAAAUCUCAAACACUGCAACCGCUGCUCAUUUUUCUCAGAAACAAAAUAAAUAAAAAUUUUGAAAAUCAAAAGUGCCUUCCAGUGGUGAUCAUUGACAACAUCGGGUUUCUGCUGAACAUUGGUGUUAGUGCCAAAGAUGUCGUAACAUUCAUGCACUACCUGAACAAUUGUUUGUUUAAAACUGGGGAGGAAUCUGGACUCUUGGUUACUCUGAUAACAAAUACAGAAAAUGACGAACAGUCCGACAUUGUUUGGAAGUCCAUGUGUCACAGCUGUUCUCUAACGCUGCAUGUCGCUGGACUUGAAAGUGGAUAUUGUAAAGAUGUUCAUGGCGAGAUAUCAGUCGUAUGGAGGGAUGGUCACUACAGCUACCGGAAGAUGUCUUCACAGAAGUUCCAAUUUAAAUUGACUGAAAAAAAUAUUGACAUUUUUGCAGUGGGAAUGUCUUCAGCUGUUCUAUGAUAUUAGUAUUUAAAACAAAUAAUAAAAACAAUUAAAACCUU